GGGAGGGCGGGCGGGCGCUGCGGGACACCUGGAGCAGGUGGCGCCGGCACGGACAGGGAGCGAAUUUGAAGUUUUGGUGAUCCGCCAUGGGAAACCACGUAGGAAAACGAGAACAUAGUACUGACAAAUCAGCCAAGAAUGCUGAAACCAAGGUGGAAGAAGCAGCUAAAGAGAGUCCUAAAGCAGCCAGACUAACACAGCAGUCUUCAGAGGAUAAUGAAGUAUUUGGAGAGGCAGAUGUGAACCAGAACAAUGGGACCUCCACGAAGAGCCCAGCGGUGACAGACUCCAAAGGCACAGCAGACCCGAAGAAUGCCUGGCCUGAGGCCAACCCAGCUGACAGGACUGGUCGCCCCCACUUGAUCCGCCUCUUUUCCCGAGAUGCCCCAGGAAGAGAAGACAACACCUUCAAAGAUCGGCCCUCAGAGUCAGACGAGCUACAGACCAUCCAAGAGGACAGUGCAGCAGCUUCAGAGAAUUCGGAUUUGAUGGCUUCACAAAAACGCUCCUCUUUCCGGCACGGAUCAAAAAUGGCAUCUGCAAGCACUAUAGACCAUGCUAGACAUGGAUCUCCAAGGCACAGAGACUCGGGUCUACUUGACUCGCUGGGCAGAUUCUUUGGAGGUGAAAGACACGUUCCCCGGCGGGGCUCGGGCAAGGAUAUACACGCAGCCAGGGUUAGCCACCACGUAGGGUCCAUCCCCCAGAGAUCUCAGCACGGCCGGCCUGGUGAUGACAACCCCGUAGUCCACUUCUUCAAGAACAUUGUCUCACCCCGUACACCUCCCCCAAUGCAAGCAAAGGGAAGAGGAUUAUCCCUCACCAGAUUUAGCUGGGGUGGUGAAGGACAUAAGCCAGGAUAUGGAGGAAGCGGAAAAUUCUAUGAGCAUAAAUCUGCUCACAAGGGACACAAAGGAUCCUAUCAUGAGGGCCAGGGCACCCUUUCCAGAAUCUUUAAACUGGGAGGCUCUGGGUCCCGACCUGGAUCACGGUCUGGUUCACCAAUUGCUAGGCGCUGAAGCUUUAAGAUGCCAUCCAAAGAUCAUGUACUCUGCUUCAUAAUGUAACUGCCUUAAAAUUAAUAACAUCUGCAACAAUUACCUAUAGAUAGAUGCAAUCCAUUAGUUAAUGCCAAUUAGGUUCUGCAUGCAGUAGAUGACACAAACUUCUAUUGGCAAUCCCUGACCAACAGUUGAAUGAAAGGAACGCAAAAAGUAGCUUUACUACAUGUUUUCCUUAUUUUAUAUGAAGUAACAAGAUCUCUGACGUUACUCAUUUUUCUUCAGGAUGCCCUAACUGUAUGCUGGACUUCAUUAUUUCUCCUAAGCAUCUAAUCUGAGCUCAAGUCUUCUGGUUUUGUUUUAGUGAACAUCAAAAUUGCAAAUAAAGAGCUAAUAUCUUGGAUACUGAGCACUGCUGUAAUGAAUUACUGAGACACUGAUGUAAAAAAAAAAAAUCCACCAUGUGCAGAAGUUGCAAGGACUGUUUAUCCAAAUACCAUAUUUGAUUUGAUUUGGGGUUUUUUUGUUUUUAAUCUUCCUUCUCUCACUCACAGAAUAAUUCAUUUUUAUAACAGGAUUAGGCAGUCACGGAAAGGUUAACCAAACAUUGGGAGUUCAAGGUAUGUGAAGUGUGGGAGGGGGCAGAUGUUGUAGAAUCAAUAAGAUGCAGAGCAAUAGUAAUAAGGAAAUUCCUUUCAUUCCAUGAAUUGCUCAUUGCAUCCAAACCAUUAGAAUUCAGAGCAGAUGAGGGAGAGAAAGAGGAUUUCAAA